AUGGGCGGCCUUGCAUAUCGAAGAUACCACCUUAGACACAAAAAGCUUAAGGUGGGACAGUCCAGUGAAAAUGAAAAUCCAUAUCAAAGCAUCUACGUCAUCUCUGUAGCUCAAAGAGACGGGUCAGGUCGUCUGCCAGUGCAAUUUACGACCAAGGUCUUCAAUAGACGCUGUUCUACGGGGGGAGGUGUUACGGAAGCAUAA